UCGUGCUACUGAGCGCUCAUAGCGAGAAUGUGGAAAACGCCUAUAUUUAUAUUACCGGAAAUAUAAAACCGUCUGAUGCUGUUAAAAAACUAUAAAUUUACCAAAUACAUGUAGUUUUGUUGUUAAAAGCGGAAAUUUUUAAGGAAUCUCUUAUAAGUUAUCUGGAUUGCAGAAUUGAUAAUUGUUUCUCAGGACAGCAGCUUCUAAUUUCUUAAAAAAAGAGAGUUAAAAAUUAAAAUAUUUUUUUAAAAAAUGUUCAAAAAACUAUUUGAGCAUCGUAUACGAAAAGAUGCAAAUGGAUAUUAUUGUUACCUGUGUAAAAUUCCUAUAAAAAAUGAAGAUGUUUUAAACCACUGUGAUUCUAAAAAUGUCUCUCAUAAUAAAUUUAGACAACUCAUAGUUAAUGAAUUUGAGAAAGAAUUACAAAAUUUAUCCGAUGAGAAAUUUGAAGAACUCAUAAAGAAUGAAAUUGUGCAAGUUAACCAUGGGGUAUAUUACUGCAAUGUUUGUGAUUGCAUUAUGCCACGUCUUUGUCAUGUUAUUGAACACAUUAGUGGUCAGCGACAUGUAAAUAAGGUAUUUAAUAAGCAUGAUACAUCAAGAAAUAACAGUUAUUUUUGUAGUUUAUGCAAAAUUCACCUUUAUUGUGAAACAAAUUUCAAAGAACAUAUAUUUGGACGGAAACAUAGAGAAAAAGAAGAAUUAAGAUUAUCAAAAAUAGAUUUUUAUAAACCAUUACCAUCACUAAAAGAAAGUGUAUCUUCAUCAAAUAAUUUUCUAAGUCAAUCGAGCACUAUCUCUUUACCUGUUCAAUUCACCUGUUUUGUAUGUGAUAGCAAUUUUUGGUACAAAGAAGCUAUGGCUGAACACAUUUUUAAAUCAAAACGUGACUGUAAAAUUUCUUCUUUACUUUACUUAAAAGAAUUAAAUGAUGGGAAUUUAAUAUAUCAUUGCACUUUGUGUAAGGUAGAUUUAUCAUAUUGUUCUCUGGAUCUUAUAAAACAUUCGCAAGGCAAAAAACACAAACUCAGCGUUAAAGAUUUUAAAGAAAAAGUGAGAUUAAAUAAUAUGCAUGUAUUACCAAAAAAUGAAAGCGUAGACCAAGUGCAAAAAGGUUUAGAUAAUUUGAACUUGGUUUCACAUUCAAUGGAUGAAAAAUCAAAGUGUUCUUACAGGUGCUACGUGUGUAAUGUUACAGUAUGUGGAGAUGUAGAAUUACUUCAGCAUCUUCAUGAUCUUAAGCAUAAACAUAUUCUAUCAACAUAUAUUUGA